AUGUUCUCCCGCGCCCCUCCCCCAAACCACCGCCUAAAAGUCACCGCGGGGACAUCCUACGCGCCAGAAACCCACCAAACCGUCACCGUAAACAGUCCCUCCCCUGUGCAUCUCCAAAGCGACCACCUCUCCACCAACCUCUGGGUCCGUAUCAAAGACUACACAGGCUACCCAACCUCCUCCCCCCAAACCUCCCCCUACUUCACCCAUCCCACAUUCAGCACAAACCUCUACUCCCUGACCUUCACAUUCACCCCAACACACAACAUCAACGGCAACGACCUCCUCUUCGGCAAUGACUUCGAUCACCCGAUUCGCUCGUACCUGCCCCCUGGGUUCAACACCGCGUUGAAGAUUGUGAAAUCGAUGCUCGAUCCGUCUCUCGAUGGGGAUGCGUAUGCGGAUAAACCGUAUUUAUAUAGUCCGGGACUGGCGUCGUGGAAUCAGUUUUCGGUUGGGGGGGUGAAAGAUGAGAGUGAUGAUGGGCAGGUGGAUGAUGAUUUGAUAGUUCUGGAGGGGGGGACUGGGUCCGGUGGGGAGGUGCGAAAGGGGUGUGGGGUGCCGGAUAGUGCGGCAUCGAGGAAAUCGUAUUUUUUGGACGAGGCGAAGAGAAAGAGGUUUGUGUUUGAGGAGGGGAGGACAUAUGCGGCGGAUUUUGGGAAUGGGUAUUUGGAUUUCAAUGAAUUUGCUAUUCAAAUUCCCGGGAUUAGCUUUCAUAUUGGGAAGUAUGUGAGCGAGAAGAAUAAUGUUCUUAGGUAUGUUUUGAAGGACCGGGGGACGGGGGAGGUUUAUUUGGUGGUUUGUUUUACGGUUGCUUUGGAGGGGGCGGAUGGAGAAGAUGGGGAGGGAGAGGAUGACGAGGAUGGUGAGGAGGGAAAAAGGGAUGGGGAGGUAGAUGACGUGGAUUAA